ACACACGCACACACACACGCGCUGUUAGAAUUAAACACAAACGGUAAAAUUGGGGUUGGAUCGAUAUAACCGGUUUGUUCGGUGUUACCGGCGCGGUGUGUGAUUGUGAGCAGAGUGAUGUGAGGAGUGGAGAGGAAACUCUAACCGCUGCAGAGGAGACAGGACAGGACCGGACAGGAGGAACGGAAGAUGGCGGAGGAGGAGGCCUGCUUGUCCCCGGUUCUGUCCCGGUACCGGGACGCCUCAGACUCGGACGGGGAGCUGUGGAUCAGUUUAGCCCGGGCUAAAACGCGCUCGUACGGCAGCACAGCCAGCGUGGCGGCGACGCUGGAGGAGCGAUACACCACACACCGGGUAACGGAGGGAGACACCCUGCAGGGCAUCGCGCUCAGAUACGGAGUCACGAUGGAGCAGAUCAAACGAGCCAAUAAGCUCUUCAGUAACGACUGCAUCUUCCUGCGCCACAGCCUGAACAUCCCCGUACAGAUGGAGAGGCCCAUAUUCAACGGACUGUCUCUGGAGUCUCCCGACGGCGAGGACUUCACCUUUCAGGAGUCCACACAGGUUCCUUACGCACCCUCCGCCUCACCCCAGUGUCCUCCUUCUCCUCCUGCUUUAGCCCCUCCGGAGCCGAACACCCGACCGCCCCAACCUGACGAGCUCUCGGCUAAAGACUAUUUACACAUGCUGGACUUACAGAUCAAGCGCUCCAAACAGGCCGCCAGGAAACUGGAAGCCGAGGAGACCAGGGAGGACGAGGAUCAGACACGAGCGACGUCGUCUUAUCAGGAGAUUUAAUGCAGAUCUGAUCGUCUGUUUAUCCAGAGUUAUUUUAUCCAUCAGAGUUUUUAUUUCUGCUUUUACUGAGGAACGAAGCGUAAUAUCAUCGCCUUUCAGUAAAGUACAUCAAUAUUUAUUAUUAUUAUUUUCAUUUUGAAGUUUCAGGACAUUACAGGGAGCACUGGAACAUGCUAACAUGCCUGAGAAGCUAACAUGCUACUUCUAGCUAGCUCUUGUUCAGUAUUACCCACAUUAGCAUUACGGCUAACCCUGCUCGGCUGUUUCUUUUAUUUCAGUGCUUUUAAAGCUGCUGUACAAAUUUGAGCUCGUCUGUUUAUCACAGAAGGGAAAUUUCACAUCUAAGCUAAUAUCAGACACGUGUACUGAUGAUUGUAUGCUCAGUAACCUUAUAUGGACCUCCGUGUGUGUGUGUGUGAAUUAUUCAGUGAUUUUAUUCAGGCUGUAGGUGAACAGAAUGAAGUUUGUGUGAUGUGCUACAGUUCAUUAUUUUAUUUUAUUUUCUGUUUUGGAUUUGAAGAUAAAAUCCUAAUAAAUGUGUCAGUAAUCAGAA